UACAAAAUUUAGUUCCUGUUUGAAACCAACGAUUCCGAAGCUUUACUUUUCACUACGUACACCUGAUAUUGAUUUUAGCAAUAAAAUACACUCUGUUUUCAUGUGGUUUUUAUUUAAUUCAAACUCUACGCCAAGUUCGGGGGAGCCCCUAAUUUUCAGAAAUUACGUAAACUGGGGGCUUGUCAAGUGGAAACUCGACGACUGGAGUAAUUUGCUCAAAAAUGAAGAAUUGGUGUUUCGUUGUGGCAAAAAAGCAUUUACACAAGAACCCCAAUGGGAGCGCGCCACGCGAAUCAAAAAAACAACAUUUAAAGAAUUUAUUUCAUUUACGGAAAGUGACAACAAUAGUUGGAUGUAUUUCGACUACAAAUAUCUCAAAGACUGGUUCAAAAACACCAAGGAAUUGAAAAAAGAGGUAAAUUGGAGUCUUUUUGGUUUUCCUGAACUGUCUUCCGAAGACUCCACAAUCUGGAUCGGGUCAGCAGGGGCUCACACCCCUUGUCACAUUGACACUUACGGUUGUAACAUUGUUGUUCAGAUUCAUGGCAGGAAACAAUGGAUUUUAUUCCCCCCUGAUGAAAAUCUAAAACCCACAAGAAUACCGUACGAAGAGUCAAGUAUUUAUUCCAAACUGAAUUUUUUCAGCCCCAUGAUUACAGAUUUUGACGGUGUUGGAAAUUGUAGGAGAGUUGUCUUAGAGCCCGGAGACGCGUUAUUUGUGCCCCACAAAUGGUGGCACUAUGUCGAAAAUUUAGAUACGGCUAUUAGUAUCAACGUUUGGUUACCUUUGCCCGAGGAUCACGAGGAGAGAUUCAGAGAGGCCCUAGUGCAGUUUUUCAUCACCCAAGUGACCCAAAACCUCGACCUUGAAACGAAAAAAGCGAUUCUAAACCCGAAUUCUGAUCAAGAAAUUGGGGACGUUACUUUGGAUGCAUCUCUAGAUAUUGUUAACAAAUGUAAGGACAUUUUGACACGGACUUCGAUUCAAAAACGGCCAAUUUUUGACGAAAAUAAGUGCCUUCCUUUCGUGGAAAAAAUUCCAGUUUUGUCGCCACAAGAGUUCGCCAAUUUUUUGCAAGACCAGAAAAGUCGCUUCAGGGAGACUGAAAGUGAAGCUGAAAAGCGCAAUUUUGGGGGAAUUACCAAUUUAAUUGAAGCUUUCAGCCACCCUGACACGAUUUCAUUGGUCGCAAAAAAAUUCCUUGAAUCCAGUCGCCUGUGAUGUCAACAAAUCAACUUAAAUCUUGAAUAAAUGAUUAAAUUACAA